UUCGGAUGAUUUAACUGCAAAAUUCAAAUAUUUGUGUACUUUGGCGUUACGUUCUACAGGUGAAAAUUCAUUUCUCAUGAUAUUCAUUUCAUUUUAUUUCAUUUCUCCAAGAUGGAUCAGCGAAGAACUAUGACGUUGAAGCCGAAGAGAGUUUCGACCGGCGACAGUCACAUUCCCAGGCCUCGUUUCAGGAGCUCCUCCAGCGAUCGAGCGGGAUCGAUUGGCCGAAAAUCGUAUUUAAGGUCUUCAGGUAUAGCUAAACCUCUACAUCUAUUGGCGACUCCAGUUACACCUGCAAGAGUUUCUAGGGCUAAUGUGCCAAGUUCAGUACGUUCAGAGGGACAUCAUACGGUAUUACCAAUAGGACGUUCGCCAUCCGGCGAUCGUAAUGCCAGUAAUGCCAAGGGUCCCAGAAAGGACACAAGACCCUUGGGCGAUAAGAGUUAUCAGAUGGAAUUGUUGAAUAAGAUAGAUCAUUUUUUUCACUUAAAUCAGCGUUCAAACAUGCUCAACAGUAAUGGAAGUCUAAAGCCGAUUACAUUGAAUAUUUUCGUAGAUGUUUCUAAUUUUCUAUUGAAGUCCCUUGAUGUCAAGAUAGAUAUCAAGCAAGAAAUCACAACAAAAACUUACAUAGAGGAGAUUCCGAAAUAUGCAAAGAAGGUGCAUUAUCCUGGUGUACUAAGCAAAUCAUGGUUAAAAACCGCCAAUGUACCGCAUUCAUGGCCCAAUGUUCUUGGAUGGAUUGGCUGGUUGGUGGAAGCAUGUCAAGUUAGAGAACUUGCGUUAAACACAUAUCAAUUGGAAACUUUACCAUUCGUAGGAACAGAGCAACAAGCUCAUAGUAACAAAUUAGAGUUUAUAGCACUGUUGCAAUGCUAUAAAGCUUGGAAUGACGAAAAACAUGAUGAGGAAGCGGAAUUGUUGGAAAAAUAUCAACAGGACAUCAUAAGUCAGAAAGGCAUUUCCGAAGAAGAUAUAGCUCAGGGACAAAAAGAAUUGGAAGACAAUAAUUCGAAACUACAGAUAAUAGAAGAGGAAUCUCGGAAAAUUGAUGAAAUGGUUAAACAUUUGAGUGAAAAAUUAUCGUUUUUGCGUGAUAAAGAAGAAAAACAGUUAAAUAGUAUUAAUGCCACAGAAGAUUAUAUAAAAAGGAUUUCUGCUGAGACACAACAGUUAAAUGCAGAACGCAAUGUUUUGAAUGAACAGAUUCGAGUGGGAAAGAUACAAUACAAAGAAUUAAUCUCGAUUGUAAAGAACCAACCUAUGUCUAAAUCUGAAAAAGAAAAAAUUGUCAAAGAAUGCACAGAGAUACAAAACUAUAUACAUGGAUUUGAUGAGCAUUUGACAGAUUAUCAUAAGGAAUCAUACACUUUAGAUAUCAAAUUAGCAGCCUUCAAUAAUGAUCUCAAUAAAGCAGUAUUAGCAUAUAAUAAAGAGAUUUUUAUGCAUACCGAUAACGACAUUGAAGUGAAUUUUGAUGAAUUAAAACUUCCAGAGAAAGGAUUAUUAAAUCCAGAGAUAAUGGAUAUUAUGAAAGAAAAAGUUACUUUAAUGAAUACUUUCAAAGAAUUAUUGGCAAAGCAAUGCAAUGAAGUAGAUUCUCGUAUCUGUUCUGAAACUUUAAAACUGGAGAAACUGCAAGAAAAAAUUAAAUCUAUUGUAGAUGAAGAUAAACUAAAAGAGGAGAAAUCUUGCAUCGAUAAAACGAAGACAGAUAUGAGAAAUAAAAAAAUUGAAUUGACAAAACAAAUAGAAGCCCUGAAAAAAGAAAUCAAGGAAAUGCAGAAUACAAUGUCAAAUAUACAAGCAAUAGACCUUGAAAUAGAAGAGGCUAAGGAUAAAUUAAAUGCACUAAAUAGAAGGCAAACAUUUUUAGAACAAUCUGCUGAAGAAUUUUUCGACAAAUUUUAUAAAAUCAUUGGUGAACAUAGAAGCGAGCUUUAUAAUAUUUUAGCAAGAAAAAAUAAAGAUUGAAUCUCUCUAAAUCUCUGUAAAUAUUCUUAUAAUAAUAUGUUCAUUAUUUUUUUUCAUAUUAUUUGUAAUAUAUAAUCUAUUACACAUGUAGUAUACCGCUCAUAUUUGGUUGUAUGAUUUUAAUACAAUAUGUUACAAUAUAGUAAAAUGAUAA